GGGGGUGGGAGAGAUUAGUUUGGGAAGUAGCACGGAUUGCUCAUCCGAUCCGUUCAGCCACAGCCAGUGUGUCAAAUUACAGAGGCGCCGGAAUCGGCCCCAACGCUUCUCGGCGGCGGCCACGACCCACCUCUGCCCAUGGGGCCCUCGGUGUGCGCCCCUUCGCGCCGGGACUGAAGCCGGCUCGCCCGGGAGACGCGAGACACCAAGAAGGACCGACAGCGCGGAACCAACUCCGGGACUCUGCAGAUACUUGAAGGGGGAAACGGGGCGGAGAGAAGGAGAGCCGGCCGGAUUCCCCUAACUUUCCUGGACUUGGAACGUUCUUCGAAGUAACUCUUUUCUCACCUGGGUCUACUACCGCUGUGCUGCCAGCGGCAGCUGGUUGUGUUCUCUCGGCUCUCCCCCUCCUGCCGCUAAUUUUUCCAUCGUCUUUGCCGGGAGCAAAGGAAAGGGACAUUCCCCCCCCCCCCCCCCUUGCCCGCAGCUUGGAUCGCGCCUCUGGGCAGCGGCUGUCGCCUUUAUUUAUUCUAUUUAUUUAUUUAUUGGUUCUCAAGACGCAAGGGGAUGGUAGCCGAGCGCCCCCGCAAAGCGGCAACCGCCGGUGCCCGCGGCCCCGGGGAGCUAAGCGCGCCCGCGACGGUGGCGCUGGCGGUGGCGCCGGCGGAGCGCUGCGCGCGGCUGCCGAGCCCGGGGUCGUGCGGGCUGCUGGCGCUGGCCCUGUGUUCGCUGGCGCUCAGCCUGCUCGCCCACUUUCGGACCGCGGAGCUGCAGGCCCGGGUGCUGCGCCUGGAAUCGGAGCGUGGGGAGCAGCAAAUGGAGACGGCUAUUUUGGGACGAGUCAACCAACUGCUGGAUGAGAAAUGGAAGCUCCACUCUCGGAGGCGCCGGGAGGCCCCCCCGAAGACGUCUGCAGGGUGUCACUGCCCACCAGGACCUCCUGGUCCCGCUGGAAGACCCGGCCUCCCAGGGGACAAAGGUGCCAUUGGGAUUCCUGGACGUGUGGGAGUAAAGGGCCAACCAGGCGAGAAGGGGGCCCCAGGAGAUGCCGGCAUGUCCAUCAUCGGUCCCCGCGGCCCCCCUGGUCAGCCGGGCACUCGAGGUUUUCCUGGAUUUCCGGGUCCCAUCGGGCUAGAUGGAAAACCGGGCCACCCCGGACCCAAAGGAGAGAUGGGCCUGACGGGUCCCCGAGGACAGCCGGGACCUCAAGGACAAAAAGGAGAAAAGGGUCAGUGUGGAGAGUACCCACAUCGGCUGCUGCCUCUCCUCAAUUCAGUGCGACUGGCUCCACCCCCAGUCAUAAAAAGGCGGACCUUCCAGGGCGAACAGGGCCAGGCCGGUAUCCAAGGACCACCGGGGCCACCAGGCCCCCCUGGACCGAGCGGACCUCUGGGGCCCCCGGGACUGCCAGGGCCCAUGGGGCCACCCGGCUUACCUGGGCCUCCAGGACCAAAGGGAGACCCAGGAAUCCAGGGUUACCACGGCCGAAAGGGAGAACGAGGCAUGCCGGGGAUGCCGGGCAAACACGGAGCCAAGGGGGCUCCCGGAAUCACCGUGGCGGGGAUGAAGGGUGAGCCGGGGACCCCAGGAGCCAAGGGCGAAAAGGGGGCUGCAGGCUCCCCCGGGCUGCUCGGCCUCCUGGGGCAGAAGGGAGAAAAAGGCGACGCUGGCAACUCCUUUGGAGGGGGCAGAGGGGAGCCCGGCCCCCCAGGGCUACCUGGGCCCCCAGGCCCAAAGGGAGAAGCUGGUGUUGAUGGCCAGGCCGGCCCCCCAGGACGGCAAGGAGACAAGGGUGAGCCCGGAGCAGCCGGAGAACGGGGACCGGCUGGCCCCAAGGGCAGCAAGGGGGAACCAGGCAAAGAAAUGGUGGACUACAAUGGGAACAUCAACGAGGCUCUCCAGGAGAUCCGAACGUUGGCCUUGAUGGGGCCCCCUGGUCUUCCCGGGCAAAUCGGCCCACCCGGAGCCCCGGGGAUCCCAGGCCAGAAGGGGGAGAUUGGACUUCCAGGCCCUCCAGGACACGAUGGGGAAAAGGGACCUCGAGGCAAACCAGGCGACAUGGGCCCUCCCGGUCCCCAAGGCCCCCCAGGAAAGGCUGGGCCCACAGGAAUGAAGGGUGAAGACGGACACGUGGGGAGCCCGGGAGAAAAGGGGGAGAAAGGGGAGACGGGGCAAGCAGGCCCACCGGGUCUAGACGGCCCAACUGGGGAGAAAGGAGAACCAGGUGGCCAAGGGAGACCCGGAACAACAGGAUUGCCUGGCCCGAUCGGGCUCCCGGGAUUUACAGGGGAGAAAGGAGAGCCCGGGGAGAAGGGAGACCCAGGAGUGGAGGUUCCUGGGCCCCCAGGGCCAGAGGGGCCUCCCGGACCUCCGGGACUCCAAGGUGUUCCUGGACCAAAGGGGGAAGCGGGACUGGAUGGAGCAAAAGGAGAGAAGGGUGUCCAGGGAGAGAAAGGAGACCGAGGGCCGCUGGGAUUACCCGGAGCUUCAGGUUUGGACGGCAGGCCUGGGCCACCGGGUACUCCAGGACCAGUCGGAGUUCCAGGCCCAGCGGGACCAAAGGGCGAGAGGGGCAGCAAAGGCGACCUUGGGAUGACAGGACCAUCAGGAGCGGCUGGGCUUCCUGGUUUACAUGGACCACCCGGGGACAAAGGAAACCGGGGACACCGAGGUUUUAAAGGAGAGAAAGGGGAGCCGGGGUUACCAGGGCUGGACGGACUGGAUGCCCCGUGCCCAUUGGUAUGGCAUCACCCUCCCUCGCCUGCAUGGCCGACUCAGGCUUCCCCACGUGUGUGGUUCUUGCCCGCAUGCCUCUCCAGCCGCCCUCCUCACGCCUCCUGCCCCAUCCACUCAGUCUCCACUUCCUGCCCCUUCUCUCUGUAGACGCUAAGGGUCACCCUGCCCUGGCUAGUCCUCAGGGCCUCCAAGCAUGCCCCCUGGAGCACGCAAAGCCUGCCAGAUGUUUUCUUGGCUUCUUCCUCCAGCUGCUGCAAAAGCACAUCCCCUUAAUGUGAGCCAUCCCGCAUCCGACCCUCCCUUCCUAGGGGCUUCUAGCCAAACCUGCCCCCAGAAAGUCAGGAAGGUGAGAUCCUCUGGGCAGGUUCUUGGCAACCGUGACUUCUCUUCCUUCACACACUGCGGUUGGUUCAGCAAGCAUCAGCUGAGCCCCAGGCGGAACAUUUGAAUGAGAUGCCUGAGCCAGUCCCACACCCCUUCCCGUUCCGCCAUCUUGUGAUGUGGCCGGGGACAGACGGGCAUGCUCAUAAACGUGGGUAGACUGAGAAGUUCUAGAAAUGAGUUAGAAGAGGGGGCCACUGUGCCCGUUCUUCCAGGCUGGCUCUGGGGUCGUUACCCCGGUGCUACCACCAGAACUAAAGGAUGGUCCAAGGUCAGGAUUUUAGAUACUAAACGAUUCAUCCUUUUUGCUUCAACCCGGGGAGACACUACAAGACCCUCCCUUGGCUUCCCUCCCUUUCAUCUGCAGAUGACCCACCACCGGCAAGUCUGGAAGAGAAUGGAAAGGUCGAGAAUGUAGUUGAGGAAGAGAAGAAGGGAGACAGGGAGGCUCUUAGGAACCCUCCCCACGCAUGUGCUGCUCACACCUGGUUCAGGGUCUGUCGGGCAGGGACGUUCUAGCCCCAUAGCCACCCUUUCACCUCGCUGCAAGGGAGAAAUGGACGGCACCUCACUCCAAGGCAAUUGGCUUAGAAGGUUCCCACUCUCCUAAAUUUCCCCAGGAGGUCUAGAGCGCACGUAACUAUUUUCAUACAAGUAAGAGAUGAGGACUCCAGGUCCCACGUCUCACCCCGGGGUCACACGAGAAUUAUCUCUGAAGAGAAGAGAAAAGGUUAUAGGAAAAUACGCUGUGUGCCCCUGAGAGGUGACCACGGAGCCCCGUGAAGGGACUUUUUAGGACCAGUAUAGACAACAAAAGAAGACUGCAGGGUAGCAUGCUCCCCCUUCCCCCCACCCCCCUGCUGAAGCCCCUGCUCACUGCCCCCGCCUCCCCACCGCCUGGCCUGAUGACCCCCGAGCACGCAGCCAUAGGACCCCCGGUCCCCCCAGAGCACCUCCACUAAUCACCGGCCAGGUCUCCUCUCGGCCACGUGCCUUCCGUGGCCUGAGUACCUUGAGUUCCGCUGGCCCGCGCCACCCUGCUCCUCUCUCACACACUCCCUCCGCCUGCCCCACUCUCCUCUGUCGCCCUGCCACCAUCACGUGCCAAUGGGAAUGCCGCCGUGGCCCCGCGGAGGCUCCUCUCCCUUCCAGAGUCCAUGUGAAGUGUCGCACCACGGCGGGCUGGGGAAGGGGGCAGGUCUCCAUGAAGCCCUGGAAUGCACCACCUCCCCCUGCAGACCCUCCCUGACCCAGAGGGGACAAUGAAGGUCAUCUUUAUUUGGUCCUUAAUGCAAAGCGGCAUUUUCUGCAAUAACAUCCCAUACCGAUGUG